UCUGUUAAGUGUGCUGUAUGGAAGUGUUUUGAUAGAAGUGUGAGCGAUUAGGCCAACCAUCUUUGUCCCACGCAUACAUUUAAUGGUCAAGUGGAUCAUCAGGAAUUAAGCAAAGCAAAACAAUUCGAGUGACCUUUGAAACUUUCUGAAACUUAUCUAACGGCUAUUGGAAGAGAGUCCAAUGUGUUUUUUUAAAGGUUUAAGUCUAUUAAUGCACAUAAUGUCUAUUAAUAAUCAUAGCGAAUUGAAAUUACAGCAGAUAAAAAGCCUAAUCGCCUUUCAGUGGUUCUUUUAAAUAUAAUGCAUCUGAAUGGUUCAAACCCUCUUUGAUAAUCUUUGACAGUACCUUAACUGAAUAGCCAUCAUUUAAACAUCCCAGUGGGGGACUAAAUGGGUCAUUAUUGGCUCUUACUUCACAAUUGGCAUUAUUUACAGGCUUUCAUCCAGCAUGCAUGUGAAUAUUAAUGAGGGGCUAGCUCAAAGACGCAUGUGAUUGGUCCGUCUUCUUUUAUCAUUCAUAAUGAGAAGAGUAGGCGUGUACUGACUGUAAUGACUUGAACUCCAAAAUGAUGCCUUUAACCUCACUUUUAAUUUCGUUAAUCUCAAAAAUGGGCAAACAAGCUGCUGACAUACGGAAACAAAAAGACUCGAAACGGGUUUCAAAACCUCUCAUGGAAAAAAGAAGGAGAGAUCGCAUUAAUCAAAGCCUAGAAACUCUGAGAAUGUUGUUAUUUGAGAACACCCACAAUGAGAAACUCAAGAACCCUAAAGUGGAAAAGGCUGAAAUCCUAGAAAGUGUUGUGAACUUCCUAAGAGCAGAACAAGGACUGGGAACUGAAUCUUUUCAAAUCACCAGAGGAAAAGGAGCAUAUACAGAGGAGUCUGAUGAGGACCUGAGCUCACAACGUCAGAGCUACCCUGAUGGAAUGAGAGCAUGUCUCAUACGAGUCAGCAAUUUUAUUGCUAGCAAGAGCCAUGAGUUUAGACAUGGAGUAGAAAAAGCAUGUGAAAACCUUAACAAAGCACAGCCAAUGCAAGUCCAGCUACUCUCCGCACCAUCCCACAGGGAAACUCAGGUGCUUCUCUAUGAGGACUCAUCACUGCCAGCACAACAGCAUCCCACUCAUGUCCAACUGAGCAAUUCCUGCACACCAUCUGGCUGUGCAAAACUUGCACAAAGAACUGUUAUGUCUGCUCCCACCACAACUUCAAGUCCUAAGCAACCUGUAAUGCUCUGUGAUGCUGUCUGGAGACCUUGGUAGAAGAUCCAUGUCCCUGCAAAGCUCUCCAAAGACUGAAACGGUCAGCUUGGUCUACAGUGAUUCACGAUUCAGUGUGGGAGCAGCACUGGGACAAUAGACUGUGAAUUGUGUAAAUAUGUUGAUUUUGUACAGCAGAUGCCAAAGAUUUAUUUUGUUAUAAAAAGGCAUUGAUAAAUCUGUGCCUGUGUAGCGUUUGGUGAUCUUACAGCCAAACAAGCAAGAUACACAUUUUGUGCUGAGAUGUAUGUACUUCUUAUUUCGAACUUUGAUACUUUCAUAUCAACAGAACUUUUUUCAAGAUUUUACAAAAUCCAUAUUUGAUUAGUGGGGUGAACAUUUCAAGUGUUUUUUGUUUGUUUGUUUAAGAAAUAAUUUAGAGCAAAAUUUUGUCAUUUUUAUUUUUUCUGUGGUUAUUGCCAUAUAUUUGUGUUCUUUUAACAUUGACAUGAACAGUACCUUUUUAUUUGCUGUUAUUUUCUUGUCAGCAGAAUGUGAAAUGCAUAAAAUAUUUUCUUAUAUUUUGAACAAAGAAUUAAACCUCUUUGAGGAUAUUCUUUUAUUAUUGGCUCUUUCUAAUAUUUGCAUGUCACUUAAUCCAUUUCCUGAGAGAUAUUCAGCACUGAGCGGCAUUGUUCUUCAGACACGGUGUGAAUGUUUAGCGUUCCAACGUGAUGACGGCUGAUAACUCGAUUAAA